AUGCCGACUCUGGCAUUGACGCAGUUCACCGUGCUAGUAACCGGUGGCGGCGGCUUUCUUGGCGGGCACAUCGUGCAACAGCUCGUGGAGGAUUCGGCCGCCAGAGCCAUCGCCAUCGUUAGCCGCAACCCGAAGGCGACGUCGAACAACCCGCGAGUGACCUUCCACGCGGCAGACAUUGCCAACGAUGCCCAGAUUAAGGCUGUCUUCGAUGUGGUCAAGCCCAACAUGGUUAUUCACACCGCCUCUCCGCACCACACCGAGCCCGCAUCCAUGCAGCAGCAAACCAAUGUCGAGGGCACUAAGCUGCUGCUCCAGCACGCGAAGGCCUGCUCCGAGACGCACGCCUUCGUCUACACGUCGUCCGACUCGGCUGUCGUGCCCACGCAAGAGCCGCUGACCGAGGACGAAGCCGAACUGUAUACGGAAGCCCAUUUCCCCGAUGCCUAUAGCAGAACCAAAGCGGUGGCCGACAAGACGGUACAGGAUGCAAACUGCGACGAGCUCCGCACCGCAGUCAUCCGCAUCCCCGUCAUCUACGGCGAGAACGACAACAAUCUCAUCCCCCAGCUACUCACAAGCGUGCGCAAGAAGCAGCACAAGAUGCAGAUUGGCCGGAACAACAAGGUCUUCGAGUUCCUGUAUAUCAAGAAGGCUGCCGAGGCGCACAUCCUGGCUGCCCGCGCUCUGCUCGAACCAGAGUCGGCAUCCAACAUCGCCGGCGAGGCCUUCUUCGUCUCGGACGGGAAGCCACAGCCCUUUUUUGACUUCUCGCGCAAGUGCUACGCCGCGGCCGGCAGUCCCGUAGCCCCGGACGAGGUGACUACCAUACCACUACCUGCCAUGCAAGCCAUGGCGACGUUGGGCGAGUGGGCCUACAAGGUUUUCACCGCGGGCAGGAAGAUGCCGCAGACCAGGAGGGAGGCCAUCGAUCAUUUGGAUAGGGGCAGCUGCUGGUCCAUUGAGAAGGCGAGGCAGAGGUUGGGUUAUGAGCCGGUUGUGGACCAGGAUGAGGCCAUCAAGCGGAGUAUGGAAUGGGCCAUUGCGAAUUUGUGA